AGCGUAAUACGAGCCGAACCAACAUGGCUACCCGUCUAGUACAUCCGAUUCUGUGGACUGUAAAAAAUGCCACCUUGCCAUUCAGUUGUGGCUACUUUAGGAGAUGCCACCUCCAGUUUUCAUGGCUCGGGUGCAGAUUUUUAUCCUCCGACGACCAGACUCCUUCACCAUCAACUCGGCACAACCAGAUUAUUUCUUCAUAUCAACCGGUAACCGAGCUGUCCGUCAGCUCACUGCUUGAUAUGGGAUUCACAGACUCGCAGGCCAAGCAUUUGUACGACUCCGUGUCUGGUAUCAAGGGAAGAAAGACUGACAAACAAGUUUUAUCAAUACUCACAGUGUUGUUCGUCCUGGGCCUCAACCCCAGCAGUGUGCAGCUCCUUCUGGACAAGUGUCCUGAACUUUACACUGUUAAAGACACACAGCUUCAGCAGCGCAUAACCUUCCUGCGGAAGCUAGGUCUGGUUGAAGGAAGUAUUCAGAGGACGGUGGUCCAUUGCCCAAAGAUCCUGACCGUGCCUGUGAAAUCAGUGAAAAGUACUGUGCAGUUUCUCAGAGAGAAGUGUCUGUUUACCACCAAGCAGAUCACAGAAAUCCUCAGAGACAGUCCAUCUGUAGUACUGGAGGCUCAAGAUCAGCUGGAGUACAAGUUCCAGUAUGUCUACUUCCGAAUGGGUGUCAAACAGGCAGAGAUGGUGAAGUGCAGGUUGUAUCGUUACACUUUGGAGGAUGUGCGCAAUCGACACGCUUUCCUGGAACGACGUGGCUUGUACCAAACCCCAGACAAAAAGGGACAAACUACCAUUAUCAACCCCAAGCUGGACAGUAUACUAAAAGUGGAUCAGGACACGUUUGUCAAAAGUGUCGCUCGCGCGUCGAAAGAGGAGUUUGACGUUUUUCGGAAACUACAGGCAAGAGAAUGUAAGGAAGAAGAGUUCGAACACAGCAGGGUCGAAGCACAAAGUGAUGAUGAAGAAAGUGACAGUGAUUAUGAUGAUUAUGAUGAGGAGGAGGAGGAGGAGGAGGAGAUUGGAGGAAAACGUGGAUAUCGUAAAAUAAAAAAUAAAUAUGCUGCUAAAAGAACAUAAUAUUAAAACUAAAAUGUGUUAUUGGGGAAAAUAAAACGUCUAUAACCGUAGCUGUGAAAAGCUGGGACAUUGUGUAAAACGUCAAUAAAAAAUUCAAUGAUU